GGGUGGCCGUGAGCCCACGUGACGGGUCAGAAGACACCUCCUGGCUUGGCUCGCGCUCGCUGGCACGCGCGCGCGCGCGCCGUCAAGACAGGAAUGGCCAAUGGCUUUCUUAUGGAAGUAUGUGUUGAUUCAGUGGAGUCUGCUGUAAAUGCAGAGAGAGGAGGUGCUGGACGCCUUGAAUUGUGUGCCAAUUUGAUGGAAGGAGGAACAACACCCAGUAUAGGGCUUCUGCAAGUGGUGAAGCAGUGUACACGUGUGCCUGUUUUUGUGAUGAUCCGCCCUCGUGGGGGAGAUUUCCUCUAUUCAGACCGGGAAAUAGAGGUGAUGAAGGCUGACAUCCGACUCGCCAAGCAACACGGGGCAGAUGGGCUGGUGUUUGGAGCCUUGACAGAGGAUGGGCGUGUGGACACAGAGCUUUGCACAACACUGUCGGCUGCUUCUCGCCCACUGCCAGUCACUUUCCAUAGAGCUUUUGACAUGGUGUAUGAUCCUUUGGCUGCCUUGGAAACGCUGAUAUCAAUGGGUUUUGAACGGGUAUUGACUAGCGGGUGUGACAGCUCUGCCCUAGAGGGUCUGCCUUUGAUAAAGCGGUUGACAGAUCAGGCAAAGGGUAGGAUUGUCGUAAUGCCAGGGGGAGGCAUCACUGAGAGAAAUCUCCAGAGAAUCCUGGAAGGCUCUGGUGCUUCUGAGUUUCACUGCUCUGCACGUUCAGCCAAGGACUCCGGCAUGAAGUUCAGAAACUCCAGUGUUACCAUGGGGACCUACCUUUCUACACCUGAAUAUUCCAUCAAGGUGGCAGAUGUGGCUAAAGUGAGGACCCUGAAUGCAAUUGCAAAGAACAUCCUGUAGCACAAGAUACUGCAGAGCAGGAAGACUCAGCACCCUGGGAUGUGCCCAGUCUUUAGGCUUAGACAUUUCAAUAGCACUGAAAGGAAACGGGUCAACUAACUGAAGACACCUGUGCUUGUUUUUAAUCUUAUUCCUACUUCUUAGACUUGCUCCACAGAGUCCCUUCCUUUGAUGUGAUCAUCCCAUUUGUCUGUGGGGAGUGAACUAUGGGGAGGGCUGGGGCUUAGCUGAAGGGGCACUUACCCUCUCUGUGAUAAUCACUUCUCAAAUAAACCCCAAAGCUGCUCCACCUCA